AUGGCAGCUUCCAACUGGACCACACCCCACCCCUCCACCUUCAUCCUCCUCGGCAUCCCGGGGCUGGAGGAAGCCCACGUCUGGAUCUCCAUCCCCUUCGUCUCCGUCUACAUCCUGUCUGUCGUAGGGAACUGCCUCCUCCUGGCUGUGAUCAAAUCCGAGCCGAUCCUCCAUGAGCCCAUGUACCUUUUCCUCGCCAUGUUGGCCUUUGCCGACCUGCUCAUCUCAACUACCGUCGUGCCCAAAACCCUCUGCAUUUUCUGGUUCAGGGACCAGGCCAUUCAUAUUGAUGCUUGCCUGACCCAGGUGUUUUUGGUUCAUUCAGUUGCUACCAUGGAGUCUGGGUUCAUGCUGGCCAUGGCCUUCGAUCGCUACGUCGCCAUCUGUAACCCGCUGCGACACUCGGACAUCCUGACCCACCAGGCCAUAGCCAAGAUGGGGCUGGGUGUUGUGCUGAGGGGGAUGAUUGUACUGGGCCCAUCCCUGCUGAAGCAGCUUCCGUAUUGCACAACUAACGUCAUUUCUCACACUUACUGUGAGUUCAUGGUGCUUGUGAAACUGUCUUGUGUGGAUACUGCAGGCCUGAGAACCUAUGGUCUGCUUGUGGCAUUUCUAACAGCAGGGUUAGAUUUUAUCCUCAUCAUCCUGUCCUACAUCCUUAUCCUCCGGGCCGUCUUCCACCUGCCCUCCAAGGAGGCCCGGACCAAAUCCCUCAGCACCUGUAGCUCCCACGUCUUCAUCAUGAUGACAUCCUACACCCCCGCCUUCUUCUCUUUCUUCUCCCACCGCUUUGGCCAUUUUACCUGCUCUUUCCUCCCAUGA